AAAAAAACCAACAAUCCUCCUCCCUUUUCCCUCUUCACACUUCCCUCCGAUUCCACCUUCAAAGAACCCCCAAAAAUCAAAUCUUUCACCCCAAUUCCAUCCAAAUAAUGGGCAAAGAUGAUGAUGAUAUGAGGGGUGAAAUGGAAGAAAGACUAAUCAACGAAGAAUACAAAGUGUGGAAAAAGAACACACCCUUUUUGUACGAUCUGGUCAUCACACACGCACUCGAGUGGCCUUCACUCACCGUUGAGUGGCUCCCGGACCGUGAUGAGCCCGCCGGAAAAGAUUACUCCGUUCAGAAGCUGAUUCUUGGGACCCACACCUCGGAAAACGAGCCCAAUUAUCUUAUGCUGGCUCAGGUUCAGUUGCCUCUUGAAGAUGCUGAGUAUGAUGCUCGUCAUUACGAUGAUGAUCGAUCUGAUUUUGGUGGGUUUGGCGGGACUAAUGGAAAGGUACAAAUAAUUCAGCAGAUAAAUCAUGAUGGAGAGGUGAACAGGGCUCGCUACAUGCCUCAAAACUCGUUCAUUAUCGCUACAAAAACUGUCAGUGCCGAAGUUUACGUCUUUGAUUACAGCAAACACCCGUCUAAACCUCCUCUAGACGGAGCAUGCAGUCCUGAUUUGAGACUAAGGGGCCACAACACCGAGGGAUACGGCUUAUCAUGGAGUAAGUUUAAACAGGGUCAUUUGCUUAGCGGUUCUGAUGAUGCUCAAAUUUGCUUAUGGGACAUUAACGGAACUCCCAAAAAUAAAUCACUUGACGCCAUGCAAAUAUUCAAAGUUCAUGAUGGGGUUGUAGAAGACGUGGCGUGGCAUCUGAGGCAUGAAUAUCUUUUCGGUUCGUGUGGGGAUGAUCAGUAUUUGCACAUAUGGGAUCUCCGGUCUCCGUCUGUUACUAAGCCUGUCCAAAGUGUAAUGGCUCACCAAAGUGAAGUCAACUGCCUAGCUUUUAAUCCUUUUAAUGAAUGGGUUUUGGCAACCGGAUCAACUGACAAGACUGUUAAGUUAUUUGACUUACGAAAACUCAACACUGCUCUCCAUACCUUUGAUUGUCACAAGGAGGAAGUGUUCCAGGUUGGAUGGAAUCCUGAGAAUGAGACGAUUUUAGCUUCUUGUUGUCUUGGUAGACGACUAAUGGUGUGGGAUCUUAGCAGGAUUGACCAGGAACAAACACCUGAGGACGCUGAAGAUGGCCCACCAGAACUGCUAUUCAUUCAUGGGGGACAUACAAGCAAAGUUUCGGAUUUCUCAUGGAACCCGUGUGAAGAAUGGGUGGUCGCGAGUGUCGCCGAGGAUAACAUACUUCAAAUCUGGCAGAUGGCUGAAAACAUCUACCAUGAUGAAGACGAAACACCUGCAGAGGAAUCCCGAGGUGCAUGAAUAUACCAUCAACAUAGUUUAAUAUGAACAUUUAGGUUUUGUUUAUGUCUAAUCUAAAACAUGUUUAAAUAUUUGGUUUUGUGUUGUUGAAUUAUGUUGUGCUGCUGCUGUAAAAGAUAUGUUUUUCGAUCAUCAAUUUGCUUGAUGCUGAUUUAACUUUGCUUUUGACA